CGAGCGCGGGCGAUGGAGCAGAGUCUCAGCCUGGAGCAGCGAACGGAGCGUCUGGUGCAAAGGAGCCAGGCCCAGCUCAGGCCCCGCCCCCCCAGGAUGGAGAGGGCGAAACCUCUGCUUGACUCCGCCCCCUUCAGCUCCACCCUCGAUGACCCCCUCGUCCAAUGGCGCUUGAGGCGAUACCGAGGGGAGGAGCCCGCACUGGACACGCCCCUGGUGGGCAGGGCCCUGCUGGGCUCUGCUGCUCCCCAGGGCUCCCUGCAGGGAGUGCCACGGGGGAGGUUACGUGAUCCCCCCGGCGCCCUGCAGGGGGCAGUGCCCUGGCAGCCGCGGAACCCAGCUGAGGCCCCAUGGCCAAUCAGGACACACUUCUGCAAGCACCAGCGGGUGUCGUCACCCCAGGCUGUCUCCCAGGAGCCCUUGUGGCAGGAUCCAUGCUGGAGGCCACGUGACUCCCACAAGGCCCUCCAGCCAAUGAGGAGCAGCUCUCUGGAUACCCUGCAGGAGGCACGAUACUCACAGUUACGUCGUGACUACCACAAUGCCCCGUGGCAAAUCAGCAGCAGCUGCUGUGUGCCUCUGCACCAAGGGGCACCACCCUAUGAGAAGCGAGAGUCCCAUGAGCCUUUGCUGCAGGAGCCAUUUUGGGAGUCACAUGAUUGCCUCGGGGCUCUGUGGUGUGCACCAUAUUGGAAGUCACGUGACUCCCAGGAAGCCAUGCGGCCUGAGCCCCUGUGCCAGGGAGGGCCAGGCUUGAGGUCACGUGAGCCCCGUGAGGCCCCACAGCCAAUCAGGAGCAGUGCACGUGAUGCCCUACAGGGGGCGCCGUGGCAGCAGCCACUGGCCCCCCCUGGCCGUCUUGAGGACCCCCUCCUCUGGAUGCUGCAAUGCCACUGCCGGACCAUAAGGGGACGCCUUCGGGCCAUCGAGACCCUCCUGGAAUGCCCACCUGGGCACCCCCAACCCAUGCUGGGGCCAAUAAAGCAGUGACACCCCAAAA